AUGGUCAACAGUGUUGUGCAGUUGCUCAGCUUUAUCUUUGCGGUGACAGGCUGGGUCAUGGCCAUCACCGUGACCGUCCUGCCUCAGUGGAAGGUGUCGGCCUUCAUCGGCAGCAACAUCCUCACCUCCGAGAUCAGCUGGGAGGGUAUCUGGAUGACCUGCAUCUACCAGACCACAGGCCACAUGCAGUGCAAGACCUACGACUCCAUGCUGGCCCUGCCCCCGGACCUCCAGGCGGCUCGUGCCCUCAUGUGCGUUUCCAUCUUCUUGGGCUGGCUGUCUUGCACGGUGUCCUGCUGCGGCAUGAAGUGCACCACAUGCGCCGGUGAGGACCGCCAAACUAAGGCAAGCAUCGCUCUAUCCGGCGGCGUGCUAUUCAUCCUGACGGGUCUGUGUGUUCUGGUGCCCGUCUCUUGGACCGCAAACACGGUGGUCAUGAAUUUUUACAAUCCAAACGUGCCCAUCAUGCACAAGCGAGAGCUGGGCCAGGCUAUCUACCUGGGCUGGGCGUCUGCGGUUAUUCUGAUGAUCGGCGGGGCUGUACUGAGCAGCACUUGCCCCCACAUUGAGAGAGGAGGAGGUGGGUAUCACCGGGGCUACAUGGGUCAGGGCUCCCCCCUUGCACCGGAACCUCCAAAGCCUAUAAGCUCCAACAGCGUACCACUAAAGGAGUAUGUUUAGUGGGAGACAUGAAGACCAACGUAAACAGGAGCUGGAGGAGAGGACUGAGGAAAA